AUGCCAUAAUAAGAAAAUUAACAACAAAAGGGAUCUUCAUCUACCUUUAAUAAAAUAUUGUGGAUUAUUGUAGGUGUUCUAGUGGCCUACAAUAUUAAGUUGUAUUUGAAUAGUAGGUCUUCUGCUCACUUUGAAAUAAAUGGAAAUGGUAAUAUUUAGAUUUAUAAUUAGAAAUCACAAUGUAGAAUGAUGCCCUAUAUUUAAAAGACUCUGACCUAUAAACCCUUUCAAAAAAACUUUCUGAAAAUCCAUAGACAACUAAAUUAAAUGCAUAAUUGUCAAUUAAUCAAUUUAGUAAUUUUAGAGAUUUCUUUGCUAGUUUAGAGAAAUUAAAUAACUUGAAUGAAUGUAAUAAUAAUGAAAUAUAUAUUUUAGUAUAACUUUCACUUGGAAAUAAUCCAUUAGUUAAUGAAUAAGAUUAAGCUAAAUCAUUAAGUCAAGCAUUAUCUAAACUUACAAAAUUACACACUUUAAGCUUAGGACUUGAUUCUAUUUUCAAUAAUGAAAGUAGAGAAAUAAUUUUAAAGGGAUUAAGUAAAAUUUCUGGAUUGACUUAAUUACGUGUAUCUCUCAUAAAUUCUGAUUUAUCUGGAGAUGGAUUGAAAUCGCUUUAUCCAUUGAUAGAAUUAAGAAAUUUGAAAUCUUUAGAACUUUUAUUAGUUGGUAGUAAAUUGAAAGAAGAAGAAAUGAAACAUUUGUAAACAAUUUUGCAUAAAUUACCAAAAUUAAACAAAUUAAAUAUUAAUCUAUAUGCAAAUAAAAUAUAAAUAGAUGGAGCAAUUACUUUAAGUGGAGGAUUAUUUUAAUAAAAAUAAUUAAAAGAAUUUGGAAUAGAUCUAUAUUUUAAUAAUAUUACAGCAAAUGGAACAGAAAGUUUAAUGGGAGUUGUAGGUUCUAUGGAAAACUUAACAUCAUUAAAUUUAGGUUUAGAAUUUAAUUACAUAACUAAUGAAGGAGGUAUAUAAGUUGGAAAUGCAUUAAAUAAAUUAAAAAAUCUUAAAGAUUUAUCUGUAAAUGCUGCGACAAAGAAUUUUGGUUGGGAUGGUUAUGAAGCAAUUGUUAGUGCAAUUGAAAAAUUACCACCAUUAAAUAAUUUAGAAUUAAUAAUUGGAAUUAAUAAAUGUGGAUCACCAGGAGCAGAAUUAUUAAAAAAAGCUUUAUUUAAACAUGAUAGAUUAAAAUCUUUAAAAAUUAAUUUCCUUGAAAAUUAUAUAGGUGAUGCAGGAGCAACAUUUAUUGCUGAAGGAAUUCAAUAUUAAAAAAAUUUAUAAUAAUUAAGUGUCAAUAUGAACUUUAAUUCAUUAUCUGAUAGAGGUGCACUUGAAUUAGCUAGAGCUGUCAAAAAUGCUAAAUCACCAAAAGUAAAUAUAUAUAUUUAAUUAUAUUUAGGUUGUUGAUUUAAGAGUAAGUUAAAAUUAAAUUACUGAUAAAGGAAUCAAAGAUAUUUUUGUACUUUUAGAAUAGGCUUUACCAAAAAUAGAUUAAUUGGAAGUAGAAUUAUUAAAUACUGCACUAACAAAUGCAACAAGAGAUGAUAUAGAAUUAAAAUAUGGAAAAAUUGACAAAUUGUAAAUUAGAUUAAACACAAUCCCACCAAGUAAUUGGGAAUGA